UGUGCUGCAGUGAUUCGAGGCUUACUUACACUAAAGCAUUCAUGUUAUCAUUGUCUAACCUGCAUAUUUGUAAAGACUUGCCCGAAGAUUUUGAUCCAUCAGCUUUACGAGAUUCAAGGCUUACGUACACUAAGGAAUUCAUGUUAUCAUUGUCUAACCUGCAAAUUUGUAAAGACUUACCCAAAGAUUUUGAUCCAUCAGCUUUACGAUGUUCAAGGCUUACGUACACUAAAACAUUCAUGUUAUCAUUGUCUAACCUGCAAAUUUGUGAAGACUUUCCCAAAGAUUUUGAUCCAUCCAUUUUACGCGAACUUGAUGGUUUAUCUGAGUGUAAGCUGGGAAUGCAACAAACAUCUGCAAUCCUACCCCCAUAUACUUCAAACAAUUAUUACAUUGGCUCAUCACCUGUUCUUAGAUGUGAUUUGGUUGCCGAUUCUCAAUUAUGCUGUGGGAGAUGGGAAAAACAAGUUUCACAGGGAUGCUGUGAUUCAGAUUCCAGGGCGCAGAAUGAUUAUUCUGGGAUUUUGGGAUCAUUUCUUAGUAAGAGCAAGAACCCUUAUCGUCCACCACAGUAUUACAAGGUUGGCGGUUCCAAUUCAUAUGCUAGCCAUUCAUCUAAAGGAACAAAGUCUCUGACUAACACGGCCUGUACUUCUCAAGAGGAUGUACAAUCAAAAAAUGAUACUUUUCAAGAUGAUGUAGUUGGGGAUAAAAGUACUCAUUGGAGCAAGCAGAUUGCAAACUUAUCUGAAGCCCAAAAACCUGUCAACAAGUUUGUGGAUGAGGAGAAGUCACAUUGCAAAACACCUGGUUCUAUUAAUGGUGCCAUUACUACUCAGCAAGAACAACUUCUUGAUUCUGAAGCUAAAGCAUCAAUUGCGAUUAUUAAUCUGGAAGAAUUUGAAACAAGACAAUUUGGAGAGACACUAGAGAAGGAAGUAUCACUGCAACAUACUGACUUUCCUGGCAUUGAAACAAGAUGCUUGAAGGGGCCAUGUACUGGUAGAAUGGAGAAUGGUAUUCAUACAGCCAACAUUUUAGCAGCAGAAAGCCAUGAAAAUCUUAAACUGAAUUGGGAGUCCAAGGAAGAUUUUGAAACUGAAAUCAGCAAUGAGUUGCUCUUAGGAGAAGCAUUCUUUCCUUCACAGAAAAAUUUGUAUGAGAGGAUAUCUAAAACCAACGAAUUACAGCCCAAUGAAUUCUUCUUAGCAUCAGUUCUCAGCGAUUGUGGAGCUUUUGGGACAGAUGGUGAAGGCAUCGCAGAUUCUAUCUUUGAUUGUGAGCUUGAGUUGGAUGAGAUCGAGGAGAGUGAAUCUCCUUUUGAUGAUUUUUGGACUGAAAUAUUGGAUGUUAUUCAUUUGGAGCAAGAAUCUAGGGACAGUUACUCAGCUGAUACAGUUAACAUAACUGAAUCUGAAGUUCCACUACAUAUACCGGAUGAAGAUGAAUUGAUUUUGCUCAAUUAUCAGGAAGAGCCAAAAGAUCCCAAAAUCCCUAAUGUGGACACUUCUAUUGAUUUAGAUUUUGUGGAUGAUGAAAUCAAUUUGCCUGAUGAGGACAGUUUGAUUUCUGUUGACCAUCUUUUGUCCCUCUCAAACCAUUGCUCAGAGGUAACUUUUGUUGGUAGAACUGAUAGAUUGAAGCCUAAUUUCACUUCUGACAGUACUGGACACCCAGAAGUUGCUCAUUGUUAUGAGAAAUCCUUUCUACCUGGUCGGAAAGUUUCGAGCUCUGCAACUCACCGAAAACCAUAUCCCCAUCAGAUCUCUUCUCAGACCCCGUGUAUCCAUGUUAAUCCAGAAAUUCCAACUUUUCAUCCAUUGGAUCUUUAUUUUACUUGCAGUAAUUUCAAGAAUAUAAGAGAAGAAAAACUUGUUCAUUAUUACCCUCCUGCAAUAUAUUUUUACCCUUGGUCUAACAUUCAUCACGAGUCUUCCAUGAAAACCGCACCUGCCAUGGAAAAGAAAUAUGAACAUCUUGAACAGUAUCCAAUGUUAUAUCAGCCAGAUAAUUCUCUUCAGCAAAUGGAAUUGCUACGUGAAUCACAAACAGAUCCUAUUGAGCAAGUCGUUUAUGAUGUUGUACAACAAUGGGAUGCCAUGCAACAAUUGCCUGAGACUUAUCAUCAACAAUUAUACUACCCCGGAUUUGGAUUUCCAAUAUGAAGUGAGGUACCUUUUCCGAUCCUGUUCUCUUACCUCUAAAUUAUACAUAAAUCCCUGUCAUUGGAGAAAGACAGGAACUUGUAUUCAUUUGGUCAUUCUCCAUCCUUUUGGU